UCGCUAAAUACGUGGCAUUCAACCUUAGCCCGUCACAACGGUUGUUUACAACAUGUAGCUAGCUCUGGCUAGCUUGGUGUGUAUUCAUUUAGCGUUAGCAUGUUAGCACUGACGCGCUAGUUAAUUGCGUGCUGAUGCAGAGCUGUCACUUCUCUAUAAGGUGAGUGACAGCUUCUGGUUGAUCUGUUAUCACGUCAAAUAUGUUUGGAAAUGUAGCUUUGGACACGCUAGCAUGGCAGUGCCGUGGCUUGCGGUUAGCUCGUUAGCUGCCGUGUGUGUGUGUGCCGUAGAAGGAUGCGGUGCUGCAGUCAUGUCCGUGUCAGACACCGAUGCAGACAGAACAUAACAACCUGUCCGACAGGACAAUGUCACUGUCACUGCGGGUACAGGACAGGAUAUUGUUGAGUUUAGCCUCUAUAUGUUUGCAUAAACGGUCAUUUUCGUGACUCGGUCUUUUCCUCAUCACUAAUCCCGAAUGUGAGCCUUGUGUCCGGGCUUGGACAGCGGCUGCUCAGCCUCACGUGUUGACUGUAGGUCUGUCACACUGGAGCCAUGGAAUAUUAACAUGACUGAUACAGUCUUAAAUAUGAAAUACCAUCGCCCCAGUUGGACAAAUGGAUCGCAAAAUGCACACAGUAGAGGACUUUGAAGACAGUAUAAUGCAGAAGAAAAUGAAAAUUCCCAAGAUGUCCAUCAAAACUUCAGGAAAUUCUAUUGAGAACAGUUUUGGAGAAGAGAGAAUGCCACUCAGACAUAAAAAGGCCCUGUCCCAAGACCAUGGACGUCCCCUUUCCAAUUCCUCCAAGAGCCUGGCAGCAGUCGUGGCUCGUCUGGAGAGAAAUGCUGCUAACUCCUGUAUGGAAGGGGAAGAGGAUCUUGACGAAGACCGGCUGGCAGAGGAGGGAGAGGAUGCAGAUGAUGAAGAUGAAGACAUUGAGGCAGAGCAUCAGAGACAUUUUCACCAGCAGCAACAGCAGCAUUUGGAGAUGGAGACGGAUUGUGUAUCGGAGGUAGCAGCAGCCGUUGUUCCCCGAGUCCUGUACGAGGAGCUGGUUCACAGCUACCGGCAGCAGGAGGAGGAAAUGAGGAGGCUGCAGCAGGAGCUGGAGCGAACCCGCCGCCAGCUGGUGCAACAGGCCAAGAAGCUGAAGGAGUACGGCAGCCUGCUGACGGAAGUCAAAGAACUGAGGGACUUCAACAGGAGGCUGCAGGAUGUUCUUCUGAUGAGGCUGGGCAGCGAGCCUAUGCAUGACAAUGGCACUCAGACAAUCAAGGCUGAGGUGGUUGAACCUAUUGUUGAGGCUCAGGAGUCAUGUAGAGAAGAAGCCAACACCAGUUCCAGCUACUCCCCCUCCCCCAGGACAGUUUACACCUGCAACGAUGGGAAGGUCCACCUGGGUGGGGGCAUCUGGGUGGAGGAGGAGAAGUGGCACCAGUUGCAGCGAACCCAGGGAGACUCCAAGUUCACUAAGAACCUGGCUGUAAUGAUCUGGGGCACAGAAACUCUCAAGAACCGCAGCGUCACUGGAGUGGCCACCAAAAAGAAGAAAGAUGCCCUGCCCAAACCUCCACUGUCACCCAGCAAACUGAAGAUAGUCAGAGAGUGUCUCUACGAUAGAGUGUCUCAAGAGACAGCCGACAGUGCAGAGAUUACGCAGAGAUUGUCCAAAGUGAACAAAUACAUUUGUGAAAAGAUAAUGGACAUCAACAAGUCCAUCAAGAAUGAGGAGCGGCGGGAGUCCAAGCUGCUAAUCAGACAGACAGUCAAGAUGGAAAACUUCACCUACGAUGGCAUGUAGUGAUCAACUGUUGUCACGCCAGCGCCUUCUGCCCAGACCGUGGUCCGCAGGAUAUGGAGGGGUCUUGAUAUGGUGGGUUGGGGGAUGUUCAUCACCGUUUCAGGAGCAGUUCUAUUCCUUCGACACAUUUGAUUGGUUUAUAGAUGAAAUGUAAACAAAAAACUAAGCUAAGUAUCCACAGUUCCCUUAAUCACCAAAUGAACCAUCACCUUCCUUGGUGCCCAUUGGCCAACAGACAGCUUUACCCAUCAGCCACUGAGUGGAAACAUGUGAACUAGUUUGAUGUGAUCUGGUGUGAGUGUUUUUAUAAGCUUUGCAUUGGGACUGGUACAGAGACAUGGUUUAUUGAGGUGUGUGUGUUUGUGUCGAAGCGAUCAGAUGUGAUUGUUAAAUUAAUUUAUUGUUCUGUGUCAGAACAUAAUUUUGAGUCCUUUACACUUUUAAAAAGUAAGAGGCUAUCUCCCUAGUCUUUGGAAGCUAUACACAUGAUCAUGAUGCUAGCUUGCAUUAGAUCUUAGAUGUGUUAAGGGCAGGAUGGUUUGGUGUUUGCCCAGUAAAUGAGUGUAUGCUGUUGGUACUUUCUACAAAGGGACAUCAGGGUCUCAAAUGCACAAGUCUUAAUUGGUGACAGCCAUAAUGCAUUUUGCAACAGAGAUUCUGUUGCUCUAAGAGAUUAAUUUUGAGUGUGUGCUCCCCCUUAACUGAAACUUAAUGAAUUUUAAUGUAACACACAACUUAGCAUGUGUUAGUUUAUGAUGUGCUAUUUUUUUUUUUAUUGUGGCGGACCUUUUAACUAUGAACCGUUUACCAUCAACAAGAGAGCACAAGGAAAGGGUUUGAUCUGUAUUUGUCUUGUGUUACUCCAAACAUGUAAUUUGCGAAUAAUCUGACUGUUUAAUAAGUUAUUGUGGUACAUGCAUGGUAAUGCGUAGAAAGGCCUUGAAAGGAUUUGGCAAUUUCCAGGGACUGCUGGGCCCUGGGUUUUUUAGUAAGCUGUGAUUGUAAAUGUAUAGUAAGCUGAAGUGAUGAAGCUUCACCUGCACUUUGCUCUCAGAAUGUAAGAGGUGUCUGGGUACUAUUUUCUGUGUGAAACGCACCGUUACGUUGAGCUGGGCCAGACUACUGGCUGUCCUUUUGGUGGUAGUCAAAGAUGCUGUUCUGUGCGGGACAGUGUGUGGAAAUUAGGGCAGAGCUCUGCUCGGCUCAGCACAUCUUGUGGAAAAAGUGUUAGCCAUGGGUAAAUCUGUCUGAAGCGCUGUUUGGCUGUUGGAAUCGUCUGGGCCUGCUGAACCCCAUAGGAACCCCCUCUUUUACAACAACGCCACUGGGGAACAAAGGAAGGUCGCUCCAGUGACAAUUUCCUUUGAGCUAUGCCAUCAGAACUUUGAAAAUGUCAUUUUUUCUUGUAUUUUUUAUGUUUUUGUUUUUUUUUUCUCUCCAGUUGUUUUAUUGUUUUGAUCCAAAGUGGUUUGUGUGGCCGUCUGCAGUCUGGAACUAAACGCUGCAGAUUGAAUUCUCAACUGUGACCUAGCUGUGGCUAACUGUGAAUCUGCUGCAGAGCUGCCCAUCAAGCCUUUCUCCUCCACACUCAAAAUUCUUGUUUGUCGGUUGGUUUAUUUCCCUCAGUCCUUUUAUCUCUCUUGGUUUUUUGUUAUUUCAAAAGUUGAGAUCAGCCUUUUGUGAAGCUACCUUCUGUUUGGAGAUGUUUAAUGUACAUAGGAUGCAUCUUUUUGUUUUUCAUCAGACGCAGAUGUUUCGGUUUGUUACGUGUCACACUUGUGAGGUCUGGUCAACAUUUGGUUAAUCUGUUCAGAGUUGUAAUUCCAUGUUUCCUGAAAUUCGUUAUGUUUAUUUUUACACUUAUAUAUUUUGGUUUUUGUUUUCUUUUUCUCAUUAAUUGUUGGCUUUAAGCUUGAUAUUGUAUCCAAAUGUGGAUUUAUAGAACCUACAAACAAGUGACAACAAAUGAAAAAAUAUCUACAUCUCUUAGCCAAAAAAAAUCUCAGUGUAAUGAGAGUGACGAGCUUUCCCUUAAGUCCCUGACAUUUGACUGCAUUCACCACAUGUGAUUUUUGAUGAGCCUCACUUAGGAUCUACCUUUGAUUCCAAAUAAUCUGCCACAGUAAAAUAAGAGUCUUUAUCGAUAAACCAUUGUACUCUAGCAAUUGAGAUGCAGUAGUUAGAUCAAUACAAAUCAUUUACAUCCAAUGCACUUUAAACUUGUGGGGGAAUUUAAUCAGUCUUAAAGAAAUGUAUUUGUGGUAUUUGUUCUUUUUUCUAUAUAGAUUAAGGCCUAACAAUCAUUAUAUAAUCAUGAAGCACCUUAGAGCAUAUUGGUUUAUUGUUUUGUACAGCAAAAAUGAGAUAUGGGAUAUAGUUGUAGUAUUGUCAGAUAUGCCCACCACAUGCCAGUCUCAAUAUUAAGCUGGAUAGAUCUUCAAAAUGAAUCUCUGAAAAGGUAUUUUGAGUCUUCUAUAACUCCACCAGAGCCUCCUGAACAAGACGUCAUCAUCAUCAUAAUAAUAAUAAUAAUGAUAAUAAUAAUAAAGAAGAAACUUGGCAAAUUAACAAGCAAAAGUCUUUGAACCAUAUUGGCUUUGACGCCCAUUUUUAAGGAUUUUUUAAAUCUAUGAAAUGUGCACGCUGACUGGAAUAUGUGCUUUAACUUAAUGUGUCAAGAUGCUGGUUAUGUGUAGAUGAUUCUAUACAGAUAUGUGUGUAUUUUUUACAAAUGAGUGGUAACUGUAAGCCAAAGUAUGGAAUGCUGAAAUCAUGUAUAAGGACAGUGGACGCUGACUGAGGGAUCAGCAGGAUUUGCACAAAAAAAUGGCCAAUGCCAAGUUAAUAGAGCUUAGUGAAUUUUAAGUCACCUGAAUGGUGACAUAUUGUUGAUAUAUUUUGGGGGGGUUUCCUAAAAAAAUGUCCCUUUUACAGUGUCCUUUAGUUCUUUUUUGUUAUUCCCUGGAAAAAAAAAAACGUGAGGUUUACAUGGACUGACGUGUAUUUUGUAAUGCACGUGGUUUAAAAGAAAGAAAAGAUUUCUGCUGUGCAAAGCAACCUUGCUGAAUUUCUGACACGUUGUGUAUUGUGUUUGUUUCUUUGUUGUUUGAUGCCAAAAGGGGGUGUGGUUAAAGUAAUGCUUUAAGAUAGAGCAUUAAUAGAUAUAUUACAUCAUCUGAAAUGUCAACUUGUUUUUAAAAUCUGGAUUCCUGGAGCGCGAUUAAGCCUAAUCCUUUAACUAAAACCAUCUUUAGUGGAUGAAAUCUGUAUGGAGGUAGUGUAUGUUUUUAACCUAGAUUUGGCGUAAGCUGUGACAGCGAGGCCAAUCUCUGUUAAAUGAAGCAAGUCACUUGUAGUGGAGCGGUUUUGAGUUUUAGCAGCGCAUUAGUGACAUACACCAGUACAUGCAGAGCCGGCUGGUUGAUGCUGGAGGUGAGUUUGACUCUAGAACAGAGAACAGCAGACGUUCCAGUACUUUCACUGUCAAACUCAAGUAGCGAUGGGCAGGAAAUCAAACCUCAACUGGCUCUGUGAUCCUUUACCUUUUACCGCCUGUAGUUCCUGACUCCCCUGAUAUUUCUAUGGACUGGAUUUAAAAAUGCACAUGUAUCAAGAUAAUAAGAAAUCCUGUCCUUGUAGCGAGGCGUUUUUUGGCUUAUGUUGUGAACACCUGUCAAAUCUUCGGAAGUGAGAGAGCUUUAGGCUGCUUUUUUUGACAGGUUGAUUGGGAAAAGAGAUCAGUUUUAGCUUCACUGUGGGGGGAAUGAGAUAAAUGACUCCAUCUCACAAUUCUCACAAAUAAGUGUAAACAGAACAUUUUCCUCUUUGAGCCUCAGACACAAUGUCAAACUUAGUUCAAAUGAGAAAAACAGAGGAACACACUCACAUGCGCACACACACACACACACAUACACACAUUGUUAGGCCUAUACUUUUCUUAAGGUAUCAGUAACUUUGUAUACAAUCCACAAACCGGUUCUACUUCAUCUAACUUCACCGUCCUACCUCAUUGUUACUCUGGUGUUUGUCAGUGACUGUAAACUAUGUGUGUAUAUUAAAAAAAAACUAUACGAAAGGUAUACCUGGUUACUCUCAACAUGUACAGCAUAUAAAACUUGUAAAACACCUCAGUACACGAUAUCAUUCUUAGGAGAAAUCAGUUUUAUUACCUGCUUAAAGAUGCUGCUGUAAAGGGGUGUCUGCGUGAGGGGUUGUCUCUGAAUAUAUAUCUUCGCUCUUUGCUAUGUUGUGCAGUUGAUCGGUGGUUGUGUUCUGUCUCUGUAUUGCAUUCUGAGAUUUUUACUGGUUGACGGUGCUACCAGCAAACAGUUCUAAACUGAUCUGUCUAUCGGACCUCAAAUGGUGCUGUUUUUCUAUGUUUUUAUCCUCAUACAGCUAUGUGUUUUAUUCAGGUGUGUCAACCGCCACUCUCCCCUCAGCUAAUCAACUUAAUGAAAUUUUAAGCCAAAAUCUUUUCGCAAAAUGAUAGCCCUGCUAUUACUGUAUCUACUAUAUGCUAUCCAUCCAAAUAUUGUAGAUAGUGACUAUAUCCUCAGCUGUGAGUUUCAGAAGUACCUCAGAACUUGCUAAUUUUAAAUGGAUGCAUCUGCUUCUUGCACCUGUUGUCUACCAACACCACAUCAUUGCAGUAUAUUUUAGAAAUAUGCAUUUUUAAUAGAUCAGGUUACAUUAGAUAGAUUAGAUCUCACACUCAGAUGACCGUUAAAUCAAAAAGGAUACCACUGUUCACUGGUUGCAUGCCAGGUUGUUAUUUAAGAGGAAAAAUCUCAGUGGGACCGGACGGUGUCGGUUACAGUAGAAGACGAGGACCUCAGCAACACCAUGUUCUGUUUGAGUAAAAGUCAAAUCCAGCUUCACGUAUGAAGAGAGAUUCCAUUGGCGGUCUAGUAGAGUUAGAACAAACACACUGAAUAGAGUUCUUUGUCUAAUACAGUGAGAUAUUUUUGUUAAAUUCCUUUUUUGAUUGGCUAACUGUGAGCUGGAUACGGUGUCUGGACUUUAUGUUCAGCUCAGUCCAAAGUGCUUUGGUGUUUGUUCUGCCUUGUGCAGUGACACCAAUGGAAAUCUUUUCUGCACUACUGUUUGAAAUGUGUUGACUUUUUUCCCCGGUUUGUUGUACUUGCCAGUAGUCUAUGUGUUUGUUUGUUUCGGUUUCUUUUUUAAGUCUGUGAACAUGAAAUGAAAUGUGCUGGGGAAAUCCUCUGUCUACUGUGAGCAGUUUGUUUCAUGGAAGCACUUAAGCCAUUCAUUGGACUGUUUUCACAGCGGUUCAGUCGUACAGCUUUGCUCUGGUCCAGGGAAACGACCCAGAGAGUUUUGUGUGUCAUUGAAUUCCUAUGCAGGUGUUGAGCUGUAAUCACCUGGUACCACAUCACUGUUGGGUGAAGGGCGAGUGUUGAAACCUUUGAAUGUGUCUGCACAGCCUUGAGAUAGAGUCAAAUGGCGACAAUGGCGACAUGACAAAUCCGUACAGAACUAUUACAACAUUUUCUUACUCAUGAACUGAGUUGAAUUAAUACUGAGCUUUACAGGGCUGCUUGGGUAUUUACUUGUCUGUAAUAGUCAUAACCGCGUUGCAAUGACCAUUAGGGAAAGACAGGGUUCUUACUGUAUGGAGUAUUUCCACUUGGUAUGAUAAUGUGAAAAGAUUUUCAAGACUAUUGCAGUAAACACUCCCUCACCCUACUUUCGCCUCCCAAAGGCAACCCUACAUUUACAGAAAAUGUUGUAAGUAUAUGCGAUAGAGUGUACAUGUCUUUGCUAAACCGGCCACACCUCUGCUAUGCGAGCAACUCUUUGACGCUUAGCAUUCUGUUCUGUGUUUUCUCUUGCUGCAUUCAGGAACACCUGUUUAAUGUAUAGAUAAACAGAAAUAAAUCCAGACUUUUAUUCUAUCAGCAUAAA